CGAACUUCAAACAAUCAACCAUCUGCAAAUCUUUGUUGUCCUCUUGCUAGUCUACCGUCGAAUCCUUGAUCAAUCUUUUUCACAAUGCUGCGAACUCAAGUUGUCAAGCUCGCAAGAGCCACUCCUGCUGUCCGUCGGUCCUUCUCCGUCGCCUCCUUCCGUGCCAGUGAAGGCGAUACCGGUGCUCCAAGAUCGAGCAUGACCCAUGGGGACUCGUGGCAAAAGCGUGAGCAGGCCAGUGAAACCAAGUACAUCCGGGACAAGGAGAUGGAAGCUUUGAAAAGACUCAAGGAGCGUCUUGCCGACCAGAGAGCCCACCUCGAAGAAUUGGAGAAGCACAUCAACACCCUGGAGAGCGAGCGCGUUGAUUUGGACGAGAGAUCAAAGAAAUAAGUGACGGGAUCAAACAUGCACCACCAGAAUUGACUUGGGAAUUGCUCUGUUCUGCUCUGUACAGAUAUGAAUGCCCCCAGACUCUGCUCAAAUACCAAUCAAUGAGUCGUGAGGCGCCUGCCACUCCGCUUUUGUUUGCUCAGGUUCCAGAUUGAGCUCUUCUAUACACAUUUGCAGAAGCCUCCUUCCAAUCAUCUAUCAUUCUGUCACGAUCCGGGCUCUCAUGGAAAAAUAAUCAAAAACUUCACUCGUGUUGGACUAGCUGUCUGACCUAGACCUAUAGCUGUCACUUCCUUCAAGUGAGGCUUUCCCGUAUCAUCAAUUAACGUUGCCCAUAGUCAUACAACCAAAAUCUACCUUCUGCCCAUGUAGC